AGUUCCAGUCCGAGCUUCGCCGCUGCCGCCGGUGCCCUCCGGAGCCCCGGAUCGGGGCCUGGAGCCAUGGCCGAGCACAUGAUGAUGUCCAUGAGCCACGGUGGCAACGGGCUGCAGAGUUACCGCAUGGGGGUGAGCGGGCUGCAGGGACCCCCGCAGCACGGGCAGCACGUGCUGAGGACGCUGCCUGCCGCCGGUCAGAUGAUGCCCUACGGAGGGGCCACCAUGGAUGGUGCGAUGAGGCCGAGACCGACCCUCAAUGGACAGAUGAGCCAUCACCAGAUGCAGAGUGCGAUGAUGUUCAAUGGCCCCAGUCAGCAGCAGCAGCAAUACAUGGGGCCGGUGGGCACCCAGCAGCUGAUGGCCAGCAUGCACCUACAAAAACUCAACACCCAGUACCAGGGUCACCCCCUGGGUAUGAGCAACGGGCCCAUGGGAGCUGGUGCCCAGCAGUACAGAGUGGGGCCAAACCAGCAUCCAGGCAUGCAGCACAUGCCCUCACCAGCGCUGACCUUGAACGUUAUGGACACUGAUCUCAUAGAUGAGGAGGUCUUGACAUCCCUUGUCCUGGAACUGGGAUUGGACCGGAUUCAGGAGCUGCCAGAGCUAUUUUUGGGACAGAACGAGUUCGACUUCAUUUCAGACUUUGUUAGCAAACAGCAACCCAGUGCCAUCAGCUGUUGAGGGGCUUUGAGCUCCUCCUUGUGUCCUGGUGGUUUUGAGUUUGUUUCUAACUUCCUUCUCCACCUGCCAUCCUCCUCCCUUCCCCUGCCUUGCCCUGCCCUGGAUUCCUGACCUCCACAAAGAGACAAUCAUCGGACACUGGCUUGCAAUGGAUUGUUUUUUUUUUUCCCCUUCUGUGUGGUUUUCCUGUGUGGGAGUUCCUGGGGAGGGAGAGUGCACCCCAAACAGCAGACCAAGAGCUCUUGCUGUAGAGCUGCCUCCAAAUGGCAUUAACAGGAUUUCUGGCUUAAGUAGAAAUAAUGGACUUACGACUUUCCACACCUCUGCUUUGGGUGCAGGCAGCGAUGGAGCUGGAUUUGCUCAAGGAUUCUGUGGUGCCAGUGAAGUUAAAGCAUCCCCUGAGAGAGGAUUGUCUCCCCGGUGCAUGGUUUGAACCAGUUUCCCCUUGCAAACAAGGGUGGGGUUGGAUAUUUGUUGGGACUUUUUACUGUGACAGUAAAUAGGUCUCCAGUCCCGUGUGUCCAGCUCGGAAAGGGGGCACUUCCCCUGCAGCAGGCUGUUCUCUUAACUGGCUGAGCAGAAUAAAGGAUGCCUUGGGGAAGGGUGUGCAUACGUGCCUAAAUGUUCAUCUCUGGAACUUCAGCUCUCUGACCUGUACAGCCAAUCAACUGUAAAAUAUACCAAGUGCUUGAGGUUGAUUCAGGCAUAAAGGCUUAAAGCUGCAGUCUAGCUCCACUUUUUUCCGCCUCUGAAACCAAAUAAAGACCACGAAGCUGUAUAUUCCAGUUCUAAUCUUAUUUAUUUUUGUUCUUUCCUCCGAUUAUUUAUUUGCGAAGGGCUCCUUUUGUUAUUUGGCUUUGGGACUGCUAGGAAGGAUGCAUGGAGAGUACUGCAGCUUUAAGAUGCUGGCUUCCAAAAGCAAGCAAGCAAAGCCUGGGAUAGUUUUCAAGCUGCUCUGCAGAAAGUCACUUCCCCCCCGAGAGCUUUGUGCUGGACGCAUAGGACUGAGAACCCAACACCUUUCCGAACGUGAUAAAGAUGACUCGGUUUCUCGUUCCCGCACUCAGGAGAGGGUCAAUGGAAAGAAGCCGGUGGGGUUUUGUUUCCUCCUCGGUCUCUUGUUUCCAGGCUGCUGUUAACUCCGGGUUGCUGCUGCCCUCUGCCGCUGUCAGCUCCUGUGGCAGCCGCCGCUCAACCCAGCGCGAUUGUACAGCCCGGUUUGCAAAUAAAGCUGACCCAUCCGC